UUGUUCAAACUGUGGUCGAGUUGUCCGUCCGGCCCGUAAUCUCCGUCCGUGCGCGGGUGUGUGUGUGGUGUGUUGCUCAGACCACCAAGAGCAAGGAACUAUGCUCAGACCAUGCAGGAGAUCAAUGGCUCAGACAUACAUAUGUACAUGUACUCCGUGUAAUAGUAGGUACAUAGCAGUUGAAAUGUGUACGGACGACGUAGGAGCAUGAGGUAGAGACAUUCGAAAGGGAAUACAAAUACAAGGGAAAUUAUGUAGAUAAUUUGUCUGCAUCGUCCACCACCAGCAGCAGCAGCAGCAGGUACGCAUGGGGUUUCUAACGAGAGAGAAAGGAAUUCUUCACUCGAGUCUAUGCAAUCCGCUGUGUAUAAAGGCCCACAUGAUGGAAUGAAUUCUGAAAGAGUUGAUUGUGAAGAAGCGUUCAAAUACCAAAGUGAAUCCAGUUAAUACUUUGUGUGCACGAUGAAUGGAACAUUGGGGAAUCUGAAUGUCAAACAACAGGAGAAGCUCAAUCAGUUAAAAAUAAAUCUUGAGGACAUUCUGUUGGAGAGCCAUGAUGAUCACAUGCUGUUGAGAUUUCUAAGAGCCCGGAGCUUCAAUUUGAAAACAACUGAAGUGCUUUUUAGGAAGGAUUUGAAAUGGAAGAAUCAAAUGCAAACCUCAUCCCUAUCAAUAGAAAAUAGUCCAGAAGUACUGAGGAAGUAUUGGCCGGGUGGCUGUUGUGGUUUCGAUAAAGAAGGUUCUCCAGUAUGGAUAGAUCCAUUUGGCAAGUGUGAUCUUAGAGGAUUGUUAUACUCAAGUAAGGCCAGUGAUAUCUUCAAGCAUAACGUUGCCAUUUUAGAAAGUCUCUAUCAAAAGAUGCAGCAGCAAUCUCAUAAGUUGGAAUCACAUGUAGAAGGAAUUAUAUACAUUGCUGAUAUGGAGGGCUUUGGAUUGCACCAUCUUUGGAAACCAGGAGUUGAUGUAGUCAACAGGAAUGUAGCCUUAUUCGAGCAGCAUUAUCCAGAGACAUUGAAGAAGAUUUUUGUCAUCAACGCACCAACGAUUUUCCCCAUUGCAUAUUCUCUUGUGAAGCCAUUCCUUCAAGAAAACACAAGAAAGAAGAUCAGUGUUUUAGGAAGUAAUUGGAAAGAAACACUCUUAAAGCACAUAGAUGCUAAUGAAUUACCAUUACAUUGGGGAGGAGAAGCAAGAGGUCAAGCUGGAGAUCCAAACUGUACUCAUCAAGUCAUGUUAGGAGGUAAAGUUCCUGAGAGUUAUUACAUCAAAGAAAGACAUUUAUCCAGUCAAGAGGUUUUAAAGUAUGAACUAUCCAGAGGAAGUAGUUUGGAACUGAAGUAUGAUGUUCAUCAACCAGGGAGUGUUCUAAGAUAUGAGUUUCAUACCAAGAAAAAUGAUAUAGCAUUUGGAGUGCAGAGAAUUGCAGAGGAUGGUGGUAGAGUUGAUGUAUUACCAAUACAACGCUAUAAUUGUCAUAUGGUGUGGGAGGAUGGAGAGAUAAGCUUGCAGUUACCUGGACAAUAUAUAGUGAUAUUUGAUAACAGUUACAGCUGGACCAAGAGCAAGAAGAUGAUGUAUUGGGUGGAGCUUUUAGAACCUGCUGACGAGGACCCAGAUAAAGAACCCAAAUUCCAGGAAGCUGUCAGUGAUAGUCUGCAGGAUAUGGACAUCUUUGAAUGACCCUCUAAAAAAACAUCCCAGGCCUGGAUCUAGUAUUACACUCUUGCCAUAGGAAAUUCAAAUCAAAUCAAAUCUAUAGCUUGUUAGUGAUUUGAAAUAUCAAACCAGAUAUAAAGUUCCUAAUUGGUUAUGUAUAAAUGCAUACAAAAUGAUUGACCAAUGAACCUGGUGUCGAUUUCACCAAACUCUUCCUAACUUAGGAUUAAUCUUAGGAC